AUGUCAGUGCGUGAAAAAGUCACUGUGGCGAAUGGUCAAAAGGUCACUUCUAGCGGAAAAGGUAUUUGUACAAUUACAGUUUUAAAUAGCAAAGGCGAGAAAAGUACAGUGAAGGUGGAAGAUGUACUUUACAUUCCUUCAUUCCAAGGAAAACUCUUGUCAGUCAGCAGAUUUUUGAAAAAGGGUUUAGUGGUACUAUUUAAGGAGUCAUCAUGUAGUAUUCAGACGAAAAAUGGUAAAGAAGUUGCUGCAGCUGAUGUUUGUGAUGGACUUUUUCGGUUGAAGCAGCAUGAUGGAGAAGCGGCUAUGCAGAUCAAAAGUUGCAGGUUGCAGAAACGUCAACAUUACUGGCACAAGAUAUUUGGUCAUCGUGAUGUCAACUCAUUUAAGCUUAUGCAGAACAAAGACAUG